AUGGACUGUUAUAUCUCAAGCGAUUUUAUUGAAAAUUGGACAGGAAAACGUCUGUCAGCCAUGCGUGCGAUUUUGUCCGCCAUUUUGUUGCUGUCCGCCAUCUUGUCGUGCGCGACGCAAGCGCAGUACCCGCGCCCGCGUCGCCCUGAACGGUUUGACACAGCGGAACAGAUCUCCAACUAUUUGAAGGAGCUACAAGAAUACUAUUCCGUACAUGGACGUGGACGAUAUGGCAAAAGGCAAAUGCAUGUAGCCGACGCGUCCGUCAUCUUUAGAGAAAUGCCGUUCUUCGAGCACACUCUCAACGACGACAUGUUUAAAAACCUUGGCUACAAUUUUGUAAAUAUACAGACAUUAUUGGGCAUUCGAUGUAAAAUAUUUAUUACAAUUAUUACUUUGGAUAUGGCUCCAACUAAAUUUGGUAUAUUCAAGGCGAGAAGUAGGGACAAUACUGAACAACCUUCGACGGAAAAUCUACUACAAAGCAGCACAAGCUCUGAUCACGUUAACACACCAGACUCUCCAGUACCAUCGACAAGUAAAGGGAUCAUGGCCCAUGAUAUGUCAGCGUUAGACAUAUUUUCCGUGUUAAAUAUCGAGGAUGACGACGAAGAGUUUAUCGGUGACGACUCGGCGUCGCAACGGGCGAGUUUGAGCAGUAAGAUUGCAGAGCAACAGAUUAUAUACCAAAAUCUGCAAAACGAAUCAACCGGUACAUCCACAAUGACGUUGGAGGAUUUAGACGAAAUGCAAAUUUACGACGAACCAGACAAAACUUUGACGAUUGAGGACGAUGCCUCUACAUCGUACGAUGCUAACUCCAUUCAGUUCGACGAUCCGUCCAUAGCGCCUAGUGAAGACAUAUCAAUGUACUGUGCAAUGUUGAAAAAACCAAAGAAGAGUCGGUCUAAGGAACAACAGCUGACCGAUUUCGAUAUGUGGCAAGCUAGCAACGUGGAAGUUAUGCAGAAUCUCCUACGUCGUUCCGGAACUCUGGACGAACAAAUAAAAUGGGAGGCGAUAGCAACAUCCCGGGGCCUCUGCACCCUUACAGAUAGUUGCACUUGUGACGACUGUACGGGGGCGAAGUACCUCGCGGGUAUGAGUGAUGGGGACGGAGGCCUAGGAGCUGCACCUCUAUUUAGUGCCAUCAAUGUAGGAUGCCAGGUUCAG